GGCAACUGUGGCGGGGGCCGAGGAGGGACAUUUUAAAAGGGCUGGAGAUUGCGGGCGUCAGUGGCCAUGGCGGAUACAGCGACCACAGCCUCGGCGGCGGCCAGUGCCACGAACACCUCCACCGAUGCGCCCCCUUUCCAGCUGGGCAAGCCCCGCUUCCAGCAGACAUCCUUCUAUGGUCGCUUCAGGCACUUCCUGGACAUCAUCGACCCUCGAACACUCUUUGUUACUGAGAGACGUCUCAGAGAGGCUGUGCAGCUGCUGGAGGACUACAAGCAUGGCACCCUACGCCCAGGAGUUACCAACGAGCAGCUCUGGAGUGCACAGAAAAUCAAACAGGCUAUCCUACACCCGGACACCAACGAGAAGAUCUUCAUGCCUUUCAGAAUGUCAGGUUACAUUCCUUUCGGGACACCAAUUGUAGUGGGUCUUCUCUUGCCCAACCAGACACUGGCAUCCACUGUCUUCUGGCAGUGGCUGAACCAGAGCCAUAACGCCUGUGUCAACUAUGCAAACCGCAAUGCUACCAAGCCUUCACCUGCAUCCAAGUUCAUCCAGGGCUACCUGGGAGCUGUCAUCAGUGCCGUCUCCAUUGCUGUGGGCCUUAAUGUGCUGGUUCAGAAAGCAAACAAGUUCACCCCAGCCACUCGCCUUCUCGUGCAGAGAUUUGUGCCCUUCCCUGCAGUAGCCAGUGCCAAUAUUUGCAAUGUGGUCCUGAUGCGGUAUGGGGAGCUAGAGGAAGGAAUUGAUGUCCUGGAUACUGAUGGCAACCUUGUGGGCUCCUCAAAGAUUGCAGCCAGACACGCCCUGCUGGAGACAGCACUGACACGCGUGGUUCUUCCUAUGCCCAUCCUGGUGCUUCCCCCAAUCGUCAUGUCCAUGCUGGAGAAGACAGCUCUCCUGCAGGCACGCCCACGGCUACUUCUGCCUGUGCAGAGCCUUGUGUGCCUGGCAGCCUUCGGCCUGGCCCUGCCACUGGCCAUCAGCCUUUUCCCGCAGAUGUCAGAGAUUGAAACCUCACAGCUGGAGCCUGAGAUAGCCCAGGCUACAAGCAGCCGGACAGUGGUGUACAAUAAGGGGCUGUGAGUGAAGAUCAGCUGGCCUGGAGCACAGCACUAUCCAGGCCAUGUGUUUGGGGUGGGGAAGGAGUCUCAUGAGCCGUGUCUGCAAGGAGGGGCUACCUGGAAAGCAGUCAUCCUCCAGCAGUAGGGAGACUAACCAUUCAUAUUUUAACAUAGGGGAGAGGAAUUCUGACACAUUUCUUACACAAAAAGAACCAAGUGCAUCUCUGGGCCUUACAUGGGGUUGUCUAAGCUCCACUCAGCAUAAUGCUGCGUGAGCUGAAGAGCUGUAGAGUGCUCUUGGGAUAGAGUUAGGAUCCUUUUCUAGGUUGCUUUGUUUGUUUGUUUGUUUUAAUUUCAUAUUAGAAGCAAGUCUGAGCUUUGGUUGCAGCUGACCAGAAGAAGCAGCAGGUGGGCAGGUGGCAGGAGCCAGAGGAGCCUGGGAACUGGGAUGGAUUGAUGACGGCUAGGCCCGAUGGGCCUGGGUUAGAGAAGGGAAGGGAGGGCAGAGGCCCUGCACCCCACAAGAUGAACUAGCCAUAAUCAAGGUUCUCAGGAAUUGGCUCACUUGAUCAAGGAACACUGGGGACCUCUGAAAGAUUUCAUAGCUGAGUGAGAGUUGGGCAAGGGACAUCUUUCAUGGAGCUCUUAUUGAUUCCAGGUCCCUGAAAGCACCCCGGCUCUUGUCAGGGAGCCCCAGGAGGAACAUUGUUUUUUGGGAACAAGGAGAGGAGCCUUCCUGGGCUCCAUGGGAAGGUUCUUUUCCAAGAGUAGCUGAAGUUUCCUACUGGGCCAAAGGUGGGCUGAGAAAACUGCUGUCCAGUCUCAGCCACCGAGGCUGUUCAUCAUAUCCCACUCCUUCCUGCACCGAGGGUCUCCUGCAGGGGAGUCUCCUGCCUGAGGGUGCAAGGCCAGAUCCCUAGCAGCUGCCUGAGAUGUGCCACCAGCCCAGCUCUGGCACUAGCAGUCCUUGUGGCAAUGGACAAGCCACCCCCAUCUCUGAGCUUCCAUUUCCUUCCUUGAAGCGAAGUACUGAACGGGGUUCCCAUCAAGCCUUUGGGUCCUCUCUGCCUUCCUCACCAAGAUGUGCACAUUCCAAGUGUAUCUCCUAAGGUGGUUUCUGGACUGGAAAAUGGGUCAGGCCCCUCUGAAAAUGGCCAGCAUUUGGCCUACAAAAGGACCUUGCCCUUUUGUAUGUGACCCCCACAUCCUGGAAGGCCUUGACUUGUGCCAAACCCUUCAUGGCCGUGGAGGAGGUAGGAUGGAUGCCUGAGCUGAGCUCACUGCUGCAGACUUGGGUCUUCUUGCUGCUGGCUCCCAACUCCAGCUUGUCAUUUGUAGGCCACAGAGGAAGAGAUAGCUCUGCCUAGGGAGGCAGGGUCUGGGUGGGGCUGAGCAGGGUGACCACAGAAGGAAGAUACACUGAUCUUUACACAACCCUCAUCUGCCCACACUAGGGUGAAAGCCCUGGCUGGAGACCCUGGAACCUCCCCCUGGUGACUCAGAAGGGGUCAGGCUGAAGGUGAACAUGUGUGGUUUCAGUAAAAGGCUGACACAGGGCAACAGGGAUAAGGCCAUAGGUUACCUGCCAGAAUCUUAAGGCAGAUGUAGCUGCAGUGGGGUGGGUCUGCCAUGGUCUCUAGGCGUUGCCUGGGGACUAGAUCUGUCUGGAGCCUCUUUUGAAAAGUUCAUUCCCAGCUCUCCCUGUCCCCACUUGUUAUGGAGCCUAUCCUUAUGCAUUUUAUCUUGGGACCAAAACUGCCCUCACCCAGGCCUGCCUUCUCCAGAGGCCCAGCAGACCAGGGGCUCUUCCAGCUUUCCCUCUGUACUGGCUGUCCCUGUGGCCUCAGCCUCCCUCAUCAGUAUGCUUUGUAUGUGGGUGCCACACUCCUAAAUACAAGCUCGGGUGAGCUAAGUGACCAGCUCCUUUGGAUAUAUUGUGGCAGAGGGUACUUGCAGUUCAGUGUGAUGGUGACUGAGGGUCUUGAGCCACGCUGCUAAACCCUGUUCUGAUUUCAUGAAAUCCACAAGGGAAGCUUUCUGUGAAUGCGAAUGACCUUGUCUGCUGAGGAGAGAGGAAAGAGGUGAAGGAGAGGGUGAUUAACUCCCAUUGGUUGUGCCAGCAGUCAGGGCCUAUCUGCAAUAGGCUCCCCAGUCCUGAUGCUCCCGGCCAACUCUCCUGUCGGUUACUUUAAACAUUCCUUCCAAGGAUGUCCUUCCAUCUCUGGAAAGCUAUUUGAGUGCAUAGGAACCAAAGUCCAAGAUGCCAAAAUGGCCACCAAAUCAAGAUGUCUCCACACUCUGCCUCACUUCCUACUUGUGGCUAUCUUCUCUCUGAAGCCUCUGGCCAAGGUAUGGGUGGGGGCACUGGGGAGAAGAGCCAAUGGGAAGCAGGUCCAUGGUAGGCUGGGCAGGUAUGAGUGAGGCCCCAACAUGUGUGCCUCGGCAUACCUAGUGACUUCAGACUGUCUUUUUAACCUCAGAAAAAUUCUCAAUUUAUGUGAUUGAUGUCAGACUAAUGAACUGUGGGCAAUAAACAUGGAUUUAAAACA